UUACUCCACUCUUCUCUCUUUGACGAUAAGAAGAUAGCAGAGACUCUUGAUAAAAAGGGUUGGGAGCAUGCUUUGAAUUUCUUCACUCCGAGAGCUUUCUGUCCCCAUCUGGUCUCUUGUUGUCCCCGAUGUACUACUCUCUCUGGGUUGCUGCCUUGGUGGCCGCGCUGCCCGUCUCCCGGGCCCAGUUUGUGGCUCCGCCCACGGAUCUCAUUCCCACCAAGGGAUAUCUCGACAUCCCCGUCCGCUACAAACAGGUCCCCACCGGCAUUUGUGAGACUGAUCCCAGUGUCAAGAGCUUCUCCGGUUACGUCGAUGUCGCCGAGCAUGAGCACAUCUUCUUCUGGUUCUUCGAGGCGCGCAACCAAGAUCCCACCGAGGCUCCCUUGACCGUCUGGAUCAAUGGAGGUCCUGGUUCCUCCUCCAUGAUCGGCUUGUUCCAAGAGCACGGCCCAUGCGGCAUUGACGCCAAUGGCUCCGUCUACAACAACCCCUACUCCUGGAACAACGCCAGCAACAUGCUCUACAUCGACCAGCCCGUGCAGACCGGCUUCUCCUACAGCAUUCCGGUCCCCGGCUAUGUGGAUUCUUCCACAGACAAUGUUAUUGCUCUGCCCUCCCCCGCCUGCCCCGACUAUGCAGCGGAUAUGUCCUGUGGCACUUACUCCUACCCCAACGUGAGCCUUACGGCCAAUUCCACCGACAACGCCGCCCCCAACUUCUACCGCGCCCUGCAGGGUUUUAUGGGCGCAUUUCCUCAGUACUCGCGCGAAACCUUCCACUUCACCACGGAGAGUUAUGGCGGCCACUACGGGCCCGUCUUCAACGAGUACAUCGAGGAGCAGAACGCCCAUCUCCAGCCGGGAGCCAAGAAGAUCCAACUGGGCAGUGUGAUGAUCGGCAAUGGCUGGUAUGACCCGAUUAUUCAAUACCAGGCCUACUACAACUUUACGGUAUAUCCGGGCAACACAUACGACUACCUGCCAUUCAACAAGUCCAUCAGCUCGCUGAUGUACAACAACCUCUAUGGCCCCGGAAACUGCCUCGACCAGCUCUACGACUGCGCCGCCCGAGGCAUCGACGAGAUCUGCAGCACUGCCGACGAUUUUUGCGCCGACGAGGUCGAAAACGUCUACGACAUUUACUCCGGUCGAGAUGAGUAUGACUUUCGUGAACUCACUCCGGACCCGUUCCCUUACGAGUUCUACGUUGACUACCUGAACAAAGCGUCCGUGCAGGCCGCCAUCGGCGCAUACAUCAAUUACACGGAGAGCAACAACGCUGUUGGACUCGCCUUUUCGUCCACCGGUGACGACGGGCGACUCAUGAACACCAUCCAGGAUGUGGGCAAGCUGCUCAAACAGGGUGUCACGGUGGUCAUGUACGCCGGGGAUGCCGACUAUAACUGCAACUGGCUGGGUGGGGAAGCCGUGUCGUUGCAGGUCAAGGCCGCCAACUUCAGCAGUGCGGGUUACACCAACAUUGUCACCUCCGAUGGAGUGACACACGGCCAGGUGCGCCAGGCGGGGCAAUUUGCCUUUGUGCGAGUGUAUGAGAGUGGACAUGAGGUUCCCUUCUAUCAACCCUUGCUUGCGCUGGAGAUGUUUGAGCGCGUCAUUGGCGGCAAGGAUGUGGCGACGGGAAAGAUUCCCGUCUCGUCGAGUUUACAGACGGUGGGCACGCCCAAGAGUUACUACCGGGAGGGCAACAGCACGAUUCAGUGGGAGGUGUUGGAUUCUCUGGCGACGUACAACACAACCACGAAUGCUCCGAACCCGGUGAGCCGGAGGCUGAAGCGGAUGGGACCAGCUUUGCGGUUUCAGAUGUAGAUCUGAAGUACCUGCAAUUGUGCAUUGAAGUACAUUGUUCAGUGCAAUUACCGAUCAUGGCUAGCUGUGCCGCCCAAAGGGGGAAUCUACAACCUAAACGUCAUUACUUUCGAUGCAGACACCUUACGAGCCAUGAAAUGCCAUUUUAUGAUCAGGCUAUCUACUGCCGGUGAUUUUAUGUAGUGUUGGAAAUUUUCUGUUCAAUCGCAACCCAAAGGAACCAACUGGCUGUAAAAGACACAACAUAACUCGCCAGAGCCAAACUGUGCGAAGAUAUGAGAAGCAAAGUUUAAACGCUCCCAAGCCAUGGUUUCCUUGUCAAGCGUCAUUCACUCUAUUGGCCUCAGCUGAAAGAAGAGGGUAAACAUUCAGGGGUAGAACCAGACAAAAUUUGGUCUGGCGGGGAUCUGGUGGGGACCCGAAUCAAAGUUGCGUUAGUUUGAGGCAU